AUGGCUGGGGGGAAAAGGUGUGAUCUUGAUGGCAACUGGACCAUAAAGAAAUUUAUUAAAAAUCAUAACCACCCCUUAGCGGAAUCCAGUGAUAAGCACCUUCUACGUUCUAGUCGGAGGAUUAACGAGUUAAAUGCAAAUUUACUAAGAUCAAUGACAGAUUAUGGGAUUAGAGCAGCUGAUGCAUUCAAUUUCCUUGCUACAGAGGUUGAUGGUGUAGAAAACUUGGAGUGCACUAGACAGGAUGCAUACAACUUCAUUCAAAGGGAUAAAAGAAGCAAAAUUGAACAGAGUGAUGCCAACUCUCUCUUACAAUUAUUCAUGGAGCGUCAAAAUGAAGAUAACAAGUUUGCAUGGGAUUUCCUAAGUGAUGAGGAGGGCAGACUUACAAGCUUUUUCUGGAGUGAUGGGUCUUGCAGACUAUAUUAUGAUUUUUUUGGAGAUGUCAUCAUUUUCGUCAUUAGCUACCAUUUGAAUAAGUAUAAUUUAUGUUAUGCUCCUUUCGUUGGAAUUAACCACCAUCGGCAAAACGUUCUAUUCGAUGUUGGUUUUUUAUCUGAGGAGAUGAUAGAAUCCUUCAAGUGGUUAUUCAAAACCUUCAUUCGUAUAAUGGAUGAUAAGCAUCCAAUUACAAUAUUUACAGAUCAUGAUCAAGCGAUGACAAGAGCUAUUGUAGAUUGUCUUCCAUACACAAGACAUAAAUUAUGCCAAUGGCAUAUCUAUAAGAAAUUCUGGUCGAAAGUUCAUUGCAGUGUGACUUACAAGAGUGUUAACAAUCUAUUUUAUAAAUGCAUGAGCAAGUGUAAUUCGGAAGACGAGUUCGAAGUUACUUGGGCUCUAAUGAUCGAGCAAGGAAACCUGCACAACAACAUGUGGCAAGAUGCAUUGUACCGUAUAAGACAUAACUGGUCAACUGCAUUCAAUAAAGAAAUUUUUGGAAUGGGAAUCUUGUCUCCAAAGAAGUGA